GUCUGCCAAGUGGACAGUCGAGCACUCACUUUGCUGUAAAUGGAGACAAGGCUCGAGUUGGAUGUUUUGAUAUACCCAGAUGAAGUAAGGAUCGCUACUCCGGAGGAUCUCAGGGACUGGGAGCUGGAAACUGCGAGCCAGGUGUCCAUACCCAACGUCCGGCUCUUUGUUGCACUUUACCCAUACAACCCGGCUGCCAUGUCUCCAAACCACGAGACAGCUGCAGAAGAGCUGCCCUUUGUGCCAGGCCAGAUCAUCAAGGUUACUGGAGACAAAGACGCAGAUGGGUUUUAUCAUGGUGAGUCUGGCGGGCUUUCUGGGUAUGUGCCGAGUAAUAUGGUGGCUGAGAUCCCAGUGGAUGAUGAGUAUCUGAAGCAUCUACUCAUGCAGCAGGGAUUCCUCCCCGUGGACCACACAGGCAUGUCUCUAACACCAGACCUGAGCGAUGUCACCAGUAUCCCUGACAGUGGGGCUGUUAGGCGAAUGGUAGCCUUAUUUGACUAUGAUCCAUGGGAAAACUCACCCAACAUGGACAGUGAAGCCGAACUCGGCUUUCGUUCGGGAGAUAUCAUAUAUGUUUUAGGUGACAUGGAUCAAGAUGGGUUUUACUAUGGAGAUCUUCACGGACAACGAGGUUUGGUUCCAUCAAACUUUCUGCAGCUGUUUCCCUGGGAUUAGAAGAAAAUGCACGCUAAGCUGUUUGCUACAAAUGCCAAGUCACAGACGCAGUGAGAAACCAUAAGUUUCUAUGUAAAAUAUGGCUAAAAGGACACUUCAUGUAUCAAAAAUAGUUUAUUUUAUUUUUAUAUUCUACUAACUGCAUCUGUUUUAGACUGAAAGAAAGCAGCUAAUGAACCCCUCUGUUAGUAUCAAUAAGAAUGCUCAAAACUAAAAAGAGUUCAGGCCUUUGUUUAAAUGUUUCUUUAUUGAAAUAACAGAUACUUACAAGCCCUUUGAUGCAAAAAAACCCCAAAAACAAGAACAACAAAAAAACAGAAUAUUUACAAUAAUGCAUAUUUUGAAAAUUACAGGUAAAAUACAAAAAUUUUUGUCUUUGCUUUAGGCGCUUUCACAAAAACUCAAGAACUGACUUGCUAAAUAAAUUACCUGAUGAGAAUGGAUAAAUUAUUUUAGCCUUAAUAAUACACAAUUUACAGAUUUCUUUCUCCCCAGUGUUUUGAUAUAGCAUUUCCAUUUUUUUGCCUUAUGCCCUGUAUAUAUAUAUUUUCUAUCACUGGCUUAUUUCAUAUAAGUUAUUUAAAAAGGAAAAAAAACUUUUUGAAUUUUGCAGCAAUUUUUUUGUAAAAAUAAAGAGACUCUUGUUAUAACUGAAAAAAAGUUUUAAUCAUGUUCCAAAUGUAAGAGCUGUAGUUAAACUGAAAAUAAACUGUCCUAAUUCUUA